AUGGCGGCUCCACUGGGAGGUAUGUUCUCCGGGCAGCCACCCGGUGCUCCGCCCCCGCCGCCGGGACUCCCGGGCCAGGCCUCGCUUCUUCAGGCCGCGCCAGGUGCUCCGAGGUCUUCUCCGAGUACCUUGGUGGAUGAGUUGGAGUCAUCUUUCGAGGCUUGCUUUGCUUCUCUGGUGAGUCAGGACUAUGUCAAUGGCACGGAUCAGGAGGAAAUUCGGACUGGUGUUGAUCAGUGUAUCCAGAAAUUUCUGGAUAUUGCAAGACAAACAGAAUGUUUUUUUCUACAAAAAAGAUUGCAGUUAUCUGUCCAGAAGCCAGAGCAGGUUAUCAAAGAGGAUGUCUCGGAGCUGCGGAACGAGCUGCAGCGGAAAGACGCUCUGGUCCAGAAGCACCUGACCAAGCUGCGGCAUUGGCAGCAGGUGCUGGAGGACAUCAACGGGCAGCACAAGAAGCCCGCCGACAUCCCGCAGGGCUCCCUGGCCUACCUCGAGCAGGCGUCUGCUAACAUCCCCGCGCCUAUGAAGCAGAACUGAGUCAAAGCCGCAGGAAACGGUCGCUUCUCGGUGGCAUGACAUUUUGGAAGAACUCUGCCAGAGACUAGACAAUCUUAGUUGCAUGCUCCCACCUAAAAUGUUCCCCGUUUUUUGUUUUUUUUUUUUUCUUGUUUUUUUAAAAUAUAUUUUAUUGAUUUUUUUACAGAGAAGAAGAGAGAGGAAUAGGUAGUCGGAAACAUCGAUGAGAGAGAAAUAUCAGUCAGCUGCCUCCUGCACACCACCCACUGGGGAUGUGCCCGUAACCAAAGUACAUGCCCUUGACCGGAAUCGAACCUGGGACCUUUUAGUCCGCAGGCCAACGCUCUAUCCAAUGAGCCAAAUCCGUCAGGGCUCCCCGUCUUUUAUAAGCUCUUACUUUAUUACUUUAUAAAAUGUGCAUCACUUUGGUAAACCAAGUAAAUAUUCUUGUUUUUAGCAAAAUUUAGACUGUUAGUGUGAUGCCACUAACAUUGCUUUUUAUGUUUCUCUUUUUGCUUAUUUUUUAUGUUUGUGUAACUUUUAAUCUGCUUGUGUUUCCAGUUUUAGAUUAGUUUGUAUCAUGAGGGGAAAACUGUCUGGUCUGAUCUGUGAAUCAAAGGAUGAGGAUUUGGGUUGUAGACCUUUUAUCUUAAUUAACCCCCAGUGGCAGUAGGUAAAAAUAUGUAAAUUUGCCACGUUUCUAGACUUUGAACUACCUCAAGAAGAGGAAUCUAAUACAGCAAUGUUUGUAAUACAUUCAGAGCUCUCAGAAUGAGAUCUUUUGUAAAUACUCGGAAGAGGAUUGUCAUAGCCUAGGUGAGUGCAGUGAUAUUACAGUAGGAUCCUUAAGUUGAUGUUGACUUUUAUUUGUGGUAAGUUUAUAUUUUGUGUGAUGCUUGUGUACUUUUUGGGUUGGGAGGCUGCAGGAGGAGCAGUGACAUGUACAUUUUGUCACAUUCUGCAGUGAAGGAUCAGUCUCUAUAGCAGACCCUGUUCCCACUAGCACGAUGGGCAGAGGUGAAGUGUGAGGGUUAGUCUCUCUUUGUUUUGAGUUUUGUUUGUGUUGUUUAUGUUUUGCUUUUGUGGAGCAGAAAUUUCCCAUUAAGGAAGGUUCUUGCUAAUGGGUGGUGUCGAUUCCAGGGGACGGGGCCUCGGGGUGACUGACCCUCGGUGACUUACUCUCCACAAAGAGCCUCAGCAUUUGGGAAGGUGGUUUACCCUCUCGGUGGUCACACAGGCCAACACGAUUCUUGAUGGAUCUGCUGCUGCUGAGAAAUACAGACCGGUGCUGUGUCUGGCUGUCCCUGAACGAGGCUUUCCUUUCUGGGUUGUUUAGUCUCUGGCUAGAUUACAUCCCUUUACCCCAAACAAGCGCCCCUGUCUCCUGAAGAGGCAGUGCCUCUGGGGCUCGAUAUCUUGACUUGUUUUUUCCAGCCUUGAAGGCCCCUCCCCAUAAGCACUGACAUCUGCUCGUGGUGCCUGGAUGCUCCCUGAAGCCUCCAAAUGCCCUCCCUGCUGUGUCCCGUACCCCCCGUCCCCCCCGCCCAGGACACAGCACUUCCUGUCUCCUAUCAGCCUUGCUUGGUGCUCUCUUGAGGGUUAGUAAUUUGUAUGUGUCUCUGUGCCCCUCAUGAGAAUUAGGCAUUAUUUUCCUCUGAACAUACAGAGAUCAUGUAUUAUUGAUCUCUUCUACAUAGAACUUACUACCCAUUGUUGUUUGUGCAUGUAUGGUAUACAGCUUGAGGCCACUUAGUCCCCUCACUGAACAUGUGUGAGUUAAAUAAAGCUUUAAAAAUAUUUUUUCUCAGAUAACAUGACUUCAGGGUUGUUAACCUGGCCAUCUCAUGCUGAUUAGAAGCUCUGAUUGGCAGCUUUGGAUUUCUUCAUUAAAAACCCAAAUAAACUGAUUUAGGCAUCUUUCAAUAAUAAAGUGGUUCUUGGUGAAAAGUUCAGGAACUGUCGUCCUUGGUGCUUAGUGAAAAGACUUUGAAUUAAUGUAUGUAUCAGUUAUUGCCAUUUUUUAUUAAAUUCAAAAAAUUUCUAGCAAAUAAAUAAUUUUUCAAUCUUC